GUGUACAGGUUCCCGGGGCAGGUGUGGCACCUGGAGGCACUGGCCCUUCGCCGGGCGCUCCUCGUCCUGUGCGCGCGGAGGGGCAUCUAUUGCUUGUCUCUGGACCAGGCCCGCAGGUCUGUGAGCCAGAGUGAUGGGGACGACGAGGACUGCGAGUCCCCCUCCCCCGUGACCCCUGUGGACCCAGACACCUGUGUGCUCCCCGACGCCACGCUGUGCGCGUUCACGGUGCUGGGCGACCUGCUCAUCGCGCUGGCGCAGGGUCCCGCCCAGUGGAAGGUGCAGCUGUUUGAGUGUCCGAGUCCGGGGGCGGACCCCGGGCCCAGAGGCCAGAUCGGGGAGGUGGAGCUGUCUACCCACAUGCCCCCAGCGGGGAGCCCUGGGAAAUCCCAAGCCCCCCACUUCCGCCCGGUGCUGUGCUGUGUGUCCCUACCCAGCUCCAGGGCUCGGCACAGCCCCCCACAGGGCCCCAAGGUCUUCACGCUGGAGGGGCCCCUCUUCGGGCUCCUCUUUGGAGCCGACGCUGCCCUCCUGGAAUCGCCCGUGAUCCUCUGUGGUCUCCCCGACGGCCAGCUCUGCUCUGUGGUCCUCAAGACCCUGGUCACCUCCCGGUCGGCCCCUGGGGACCCCAAGGCCCUUGUCAGGAUCCUCCAUCACCUGGAAGAGCCCGUCGCCUUCAUCGGGGCCUUGAGGACGGAGCCCUCGGCUGAGGGCCCAGAGGACGCAGACUUGGACUGCCUGGUGGCGCUCGGGCACCACGGCCGGACCCUGGCCAUCAAGGCCAGCUGGGACGAGGCAGGGAGUCUGGUGCCAGAGCUGCGUGAGUACUGCCUGCCGGGGCCCGUGCUCUGCGCAGCCUGCAGUGGGGACAGCCACUCCGACGGCCCGGGAGGCCUGCCCCCUCUGCUGUGUCCCACCAGCCUGGGUGUCUGCAGCGUCGUCACCCUCUCGGUGUCGUCUAGGUCGCCUGCAGGGGGCACCGAGCUCCUGGCCCUGUCGACCAAAGGCCGCCUGAUGACCUGCUGCCUGGACCUGAGCCGUGAGCCCGCUCGGCCCCCCCGGGUGACCGCGGCGGACACGGGCCGGAAGAUCAAGGACCUGCUCUGUGGGAUCGGCACCGUCUCCGAGAGCCUGGGUGUCUGCAGCGUCGUCACCCUCUCGGUGUCGUCUAGGUCGCCUGCAGUGCCCCAGGAGCAGGUUCUUCCCCAGCGGGGAGCAGACGCUGUUGGUCGGUGGCCGGUUCUCGGUGGGCGUUGCCGGUGGGCAGAGACCAGCUUUGCCCAGGAGGGUGGGGGCCAGCCGGCCCGGAGCUGGCACGAGGCCUCUCCUGUGCUGCAGGUGGCGGUGGCCGACCUGUGCCCGGCGGGGCCCGUCCAGGCCGUGGAGAUCCAGGUGGAGAGCUCGUCGCUGGCCAACAUGUGCAGGGCCCACCACGCUGUCAUCGGACGCAUGCAGAGGAUGGUGGUGGAGCAGGCCGCCCGGGGCUCCAGCCCACCCGACCUCCGCGUGCAGUAUCUCCACCAGAUCCAGGCCAACCACGAGCCAGGAAGGGUGACGCUGCUCAGGAGCCACCUGCACCGAGCCCUCCGCUGCCUGGGCCACUGUGGCCUCCCCUCGGAGUGGCUGCGAGGCCCUGCACCAGCCACCACGGUGAUGUCCUGCCUGCAGCUCCUGCCCCAGCCCUCGCGUCUCCACCCCGUCCCAGCCUCCUCCCAGGGGAGCCAGGCCGGGGGGGCCCCCCUCUACGAGUGUCCGCUGCCGAGGCAGGUGGCACAAGGAUCCAGGGCCUAG